CAAAUGACAGCUGCUGGGAGCCUGACAAAGGCCCCCGAAGUCCUAGAACCCAUAGCUGGGAAAAGGGAGGGGCAAGCUACUAGUGACCUCCAAACCACAUCUGCUGACUCAUUUACCGGGUAUAAAGGGAGCUGAAGGCUGUAGCCUGACACCACGCCCCAGAAAAUGGCCCAGAAGAGACUCAUCCGGGUGUCUCUGGAUCAGCCUACCUAUGCUGUGUGUGUGCUGGGCACCGAGACUGUGGUGGAUCUCCAAGGAUGUGCCCCAGCCAGCUGCAAGUUCUUUGAAAUCUCUGCCACAUCAGGAGUGGUUAUUGACAUCUUCAACUGCCAUCCUGUCAAAAAGUCACCCUCAGGCACAUCCAAAUGGCUACUGGAGCCUGGAGUGGAGGUGACACUGAAGAUGAAAGCCCCGAGCUCCCUUCUGAAUGAUGAAAAGGUCAAGAUUUCUUAUUUCACAUCCAAAUCAAGUUCUGUCCAGGCCUUGCUCUACCUCACUGGUGUCCAAAUCUCCCUGGAUGCUGAUACUUGUCGAAACGGCAGAAUAAAGCCUACCAAAGCGAAGAUUGACAAGAGAAACUGGACAUGGGGCCCCCAUGGACAAGGUGCUAUCCUGCUUGUGAACUGUGACAAGGAUAACCCCAAGUCUUCUACUGUGGAUGCCAAAAUGGAGAGGGUAACUAACAACAAAGACCUGAAAGAUAUGUCCCUCAUGAUUCUGAGCACACAAACUCCAAAAGAUUUCUUUUCCCGGCACCAAUUGAUUCUUCAUGUUUCCAAGUUUGAGAUGGAUAAAGUGAGAGUUUUUCAAGCUGACCGAAAGAAGUGGCCAUCCAAAUAUAAGAUGGUACUGGGGCCAAAGAUGCCAUCUCAUGUCCUGACAGUGCUUGAUGGCCACCAAGAGAAUACCUUUUAUGUGGAAGGACUCGCCUUUCCCGAUGUUGACUUCUCAGGGAUUGUUUCCUUCACUGUCACCCUGACGGACAUUUCUAAUCUGCCUAUCCCAGAAGCUCUGCUUUUCGAGGACACAGUGGUGUUCCGUGUGGCUCCCUGGAUUAUGACUCCAAAUACUCAGGCUCCACAAGAGGUAUACGUGUGCAGGAGUUAUGAUAACAAGAGCUUUGUGGACUCUGUGAAGGCCUUGGCCAAGACGGCCAAAUGCAAGCUGACGAUCUGUCCUGAAGAAGAAAACUUGGAUGACAUAUGGAUGCAGGAUGAAAUGGAGUUCGGUUACACCCAAGCCCCUCACAAAAUAUUUCCCGUUGUCUUUGACUCACCCCGAAACAGAGGACUGAAAGAUUUCCCUAUCAAAACCAUCCUGGGUCCAGAUUUUGGUUAUGUGACUCGAGAGGCAGAGGAAGAUUUGGUCACCGGUCUGGACUCUUUUGGGAACCUGGAGGUCAGCCCUCCUGUCACAGUUGGAGGAAAGGAGUACCCUCUGGGAAGAAUUCUCAUUGGUGGAAGCAGCUACCCCAGGGAUCAGAGCAGAGAGAUGCUUAAAGAGCUCCAGGACUUCCUUUUUGCCCAGAAGGUCCAGGCUCCUGUGAGACUCUUCUCUGACUGGUUAUCCAUUGGGCACGUGGAUGAGUUCCUCAGCUUUGUCCCAGCCCAGGAUGGCAAGGGAUUCAGGCUUCUCUUGGCCAGCCCCAGCACCUGCUACAAGCUAUUUGAGGAGAAAGAGAAAGAGGGACAUGGAGAUGUGAAGAUGCUUGAGGGGGUUAAGAAAAAAGGAAAUAUGAUGAUAAAGGAUGUUCUGUCGGACAAAACCUUGAGACAGCACAAUCAAUAUGUGGAGAGCUGUAUUGCCUGGAACCGAGAGAUCCUAAAACAGGAGCUGGGCCUGACUGAGCAGGACAUCAUCGACAUCCCCCAACUUUUCCGCCUUAAGUUGAAGGUCUCCAGAAAUGAACUGAAAGCUGAGGCUUUGUUCCCAGACAUGGUGAACAUGCUUGUGCUGGGGAAGCACCUAGGGAUCCCCAAACCCUUUGGACCCAUCAUCAAUGGACAAUGCUGCCUGGAGGAGAAGGUGCGGGCCUUGCUAGAGCCCCUGGGCCUGAAGUGCACUUUCAUUGAUGACUAUUUUACCUAUCAUAUCCUCUCAGGAGAGGUGCACUGUGGCACCAAUGUCCAAAGGAAACCCUUCCCCUUUAAAUGGUGGAAUAUGAUGCCCUGAGCACAUUCCCCUCUUCUCACCUCCUCUUCCCUGGUCAGUUUUGUCCAUCAGCUCCAAUGGGCUGCUCUCUGGGCCCAGUUCAGCUCCUGGUUCCUACAGUCUUUCAUGUCUACUCCUGCCUCUGGCCCCAAUCUGGGGCUGAUGCCCAUUCCAUUCUGGCUGCCCAGAGAUUCCAGACAGCUCAGCCUAACCCUGUCCAGCUGAAGAAAUGAGAACAUUGCUCAUCAAGCAACACCAAGAAAAAAAUGGAUCGAGAUCUAAGAACCCAUGGCCAGCCCAGCACAAGCUGGGAAACCCUAAUAAAGUUCUGAAGACUUUGUCUAUGUGGCC